ACCUUCAAGCUCAAUCAAGCAUAUUCUGAGAGAAAGGUGAUAAUGUCACCAUCACGGCGGCUACUGCUCUCCUGCCCACUCCGCGGCAGCAGCAAGAGCAGCCGGAUCCGAGGUGUUACCAAUCGGAACGAUCCUGCAGCAGCCCAUCACCAUCCGAACGAACCAUCGCUUCUUUAUCACCAUCCCACCACUUCUGGGUUCCCAUUCUUCUCGAAUAAUUUCAUCUUGUCUCCAUGGGACCCGUGUCCAAUUGGAGUGCAUACUUGGAGCUCCCGAUUCCUUAGUGUGCACGAAAUUCGACGCUUGACCUAUUUUUCCGUCGGAGAUCCGUUGCUAUUGGAGCUGGGUUACCAGAGCGGCGAUAAUCAGGAAUUUGAUGUCUCAAGCGAUGACGAUGUCGGAAUUGAGAGCCUUGACUAUGAUCCUAUUCAUAGUGUUGUAUACGAAAAACUUCAUAUGCGGCAAAGUAAUCGUAGAAUCUAUGGGUAUACAGGACUCACACUUGCAAAGUGGACGAUUACAAUUAUGAUAGGACUUCUUGUUGGACUGAUUGCGUUCAUCAUCGAGUCUUCUCAAGAAAUUAUUAUUACCUACAAGAAAGAGUGGACUAGUAAAUUGCUAGAGCACGGGUUAGGGCUUGCAUUUUUUAACUACGCAACAAUGGGUGUAACUCUGGUUCUUCUUUCAAGCUGCUUGGUUAUAUUUUGGGCUCCAGCAGCCGCCGGUGGUGGUGUUACUCUUGUCAUGGCUUAUUUGAAUGGGAACGAUAUUCCUGAUUUUUUCCGGCACAGAACUUUCUUUACGAAGAUAUUCGGCACCAUCUGCACAGUUUCAUCAGGAUUACCUAUUGGGCAAGAAGGACCCAUGGUUCACAUUGGGGGUGCAAUUGCAUCUGAACUAACGUGGAUGCGCGGUCAGUUUCCGAUAAAAAAGCAUAGCGUUUGGCUCCCACAAACCUGGUUCGAAAAGUGUAGGCAGUUUACACUGCAAGCUUGGGCAUUCGAUUUUCAUAACGAUAAGGAUCGGCGCGAAUUCAUUUCGGCUGGAGCUGCAGCUGGGUUGGGAGCUUCUUUUGGUGCACCGAUCGGUGGAGUCUUGUUUUCUAUGGAGGAAGCCUCCAGCUUCUGGUCCAGAAAGGUCAUGUGGCGGUCUCUCUUAUGUACAACAUGCACAACCAUGGGUUUAUCAUGGCUAAACAAAGGGCAAUUUUCUUUCUUGUUGCCUGGGACAAUCUCUUUUCAAGGUCUCAAGCCUGAAUUUGAUCUCAUAGACCUGCCACUCUUUGUGGUCACAAGCGUCUUGGCUGGUGUUAUCGGUGCUUUCCUGAACAUCUCCCAUGAUUGGCUCGCUCAUUUUCGACCAUCCUCAAAGUAUCGGUCUCUGAGGGUGCUUGAGGCGUGUCUAGUGACAUUUACUUCAAUCGCCGCAAUUUUUUUGCUGUCCUAUUAUUUUGGACAUUGCCUACCCCUUCAGAAAGGCCAAGAAGACGAUGAUUAUUGGUACCGUUACACAUGUCCGUUACCAGAUGAGGAAUCUGGUGUCCAUUACUACAAUGACUUAGCCUCUCUCUACUUUGCCAUCCCACGUCAGACAAUCCAGCAGCUCUUAGCAUUAGGAGGCACUGGAGAGUCUCCGUUUACCAUUGGCAGUUUGGCCAUCUACUCGAGUUCUUUUCUUUUGCUAUUUAUCCUGGCCUAUGGCAUUGCGGCUCCAGGUGGCAUCUUUAUGCCUUCAAUUAUGGUUGGUGCAUCUUUCGGAGCAUUUAUGGGGGCCGUUUUUGUUCUCUUCUUUCCACAGUGGUCAGUACAACCGGGUAUGCAUGCGCUUGUGGGAGCGACUUCUAUGCUUGGUGGAGUUUUUCGAACCUCUAUUUCACUGGAAUAAUGCGAUUCUAACUACUCUUCACUUCUAUGAUUAUAUAGAAGCAUAUUAUAUCAGUUUAAGAAUGUUACUAAUGACCAAAGUGUAAAUACACUUAAAAAUUUAGACGUUUCAACAGAUUGAAGUCGGAAAUAAAGCAGGUGGUGAUCAUUGUGGAAGGCACAGGAGGAAUUGAGUUGUUGCUGCCCGUUAUACUUGCUAUUGUUCUCUCCAAUUGGGUGGCCCACCAUAUUCACACGGAAGGGGCAUAUGAAUCCGACUUGGAGCGAAUUGG